CAAGCUAGGACGUAAUUUGCCGUCGCGUAUCUCUUUCGAUAUUAUUACGUCUUCGUAUCACCAGCCGUCGACAGUUCUAGUAUUACAGUGACGAAAAUAAAAUUCUUUAUUGGAACGAGUGGUUUGUUCUGUGGGGUGGUGAUCCGCAAAGUGAAAACAAAGUUCGGAGCGAUCGGAUUUAAUUGUUUGAAGUACUGUGCUCGUGACGAUAAGUGAUCAAUGCAUCAAACAAACAACUUUUAUCGCGACGCAAAUUCAGUCGUAAAACCUAGAGCCGUAAGUCAUAAGUCGUAACUCCUCGACUUUUGUUUCGGGGUAGAAGUGCUGUGCUGUGAUGUUGCGAGCCUCGCCCGUAAACGGCAACGCCGAAUAUUCGGGCAGCGAUGACGACUCGCCGUAAAAGGGACUUGUUCCGAUCCGGGGACAACAUGCUCUUGACUGUAUACGCGUGCUUGCUUCUAUGGAGGAUUGACUGUGUCGUCGAGAGUACGAAAGUGGUAAAAAGCAGUAUGCGCCACCAAACAACGUCGCCACUCAGCAGAAUCGGGCCCACCGCGUCUCUACGGGACGCCGAGCCGGACUUCAUAGGGCCGAUUGAAAACGUGACGGUCGCACUGGGCAGGGAGGCAGUGCUGACCUGUUCUGUCUCUGACUUGGGGGACUAUAAGGUGGCGUGGAUCCGUGCCGAUGACCAGACAAUCUUGACGCUGCACACUCGUCUCGUGACGCACAGCUCGCGGUACGCCGUGACGAACGACUCGCCUCGCUCGUGGCAGCUCCACAUACGGCCUCUGAAGGUGGAAGACCGAGGCUGCUAUAUGUGCCAGAUCAACACCAGCACUAUGAAGAAACAGAUUGGCUGCGUUGAUGUUUUAGUGCCUCCAAAUAUAGUGGACGAGGGUACGAGCGGAGACGUGGUAGCGAGAGAGGGGCAGGACGUGAGUCUGUCUUGCAAGGCCGACGGGCGGCCACUCCCGCGCAUUCUUUGGCGGCGGGAAGAUGGCACCAACAUUCAACUUAGGAACGAAGUCGGAGAGCUUCGGAAAGUGGACAUGUACAUGGGUCCCAACUUGAACCUGACGAAGGUGGAGCGCCGGCAGAUGGGUGCGUACCUCUGCAUCGCCUCCAACGACGUCCCUCCGUCCGUCAGCAAGAGAAUCAUGCUUAGUGUUAAUUUUCCACCUUCAAUAGUGGUAUCUACAAAAGUAAUAGGAGUGCCAACCAGUUCAUAUACAAAGCUAGAGUGCUUCGUAGAGGCCUACCCUCAAGCCAUUAACUACUGGCUGAAAGGUGGCGAAGAAAUGAUCCUCUCUGGGGAAAAAUACCAUAUAUCAGACGAGCGCGUCUCCGCUUACCAAGCGCGGCUGUCUCUAACCAUAACCGACUUCAUAACGGAGGACUCCGGGACGUACACGUGCGUUUCCACGAACACCAUCGGCAAAGCUGAGGGAACCAUACGGUUGUAUGAAAUCAAAAUAACCACCACUACAACCACGACGACGACGACUACCACGACUACAACUACUACGACCACCACGACACCGCCUCCGACCACUACGGAGUAUUUCCCACCACGUUUCGUCGUACCGCUCCAGCCAGCCGAGCAAAAAUUUUACACGCCCGAUGUCACAACAUACGACACAAUGCAAAACGUUAUUGAGCAGUCAGUUCUCGACAACAACUGGCUACCGACUGCUGAAUCUACGGGUUCCACCGGCCAUCAAGCAUUGCCCCUCCCCACUCUCGCAAUCAUUUCGGGGUUGCCAUACUUAAAAACAUUUUUGUUACACUCCUUCGAAGCACUUCUUUUAUGUAUACGUAGAAAUCUAACAAAAUGUUUGAUACAGGGUACGAGAUGAUAAGUUAUUGUUUAUUUAAUGAUGACCUAAUAAUUGUCAAUUUAAAUAUUAGUACAUAAUAGCUUUGUACCUCGUUCCGUAUAAUGAAAGAUGAUUUCAUAAAUACAUAAGCCAGUCAUUAAAGUGUGUAUUAAUACAUAAACAUGAUGCAAUAAUGUAAAUUUGAGGUGUACAUAAUUAAAAUAAUGAUAAUUUUAGGGAUUUCAAUAAUAUUGUGACAAAUGUAGAACAGUCUAAGUUCUGAUAUUGUGAUAGGCUAAGUUUAACUCCAAAUUGUAAUGGAUAUGACCGCCAUUAUUUAUAACCAAAUACUUUAUUACAACCCGAUCAAGCUAACGCGCACCUUGCUGGAAUGCGAUUUGCACAUCUUCCCGCGUUCGCAUCGUCCGUAUUAGAGCGUCGAUGUGACGUCACGGCUGCUAGGUGCGCAACGCACUCGACCAGGUUGAACACA